GUGCGGUGAGUUGAGUUGGCAAGCGUGUAGUUGACACUCGUCAAGGUCAUGAGUGUCAUGCGCAGUCUCGAAAAGGCGCAGGUUAUGUGGUUGCCUCCAUUUCUGGUUUAAUUAUUACGUAAAUACUGUUUCUAUUUGAGAAUAACCGUCGAAAAUGAUGUUGAGCAGAGCUCUCCUGCCCUCCAGCCAGAGUGCUGCACUCGUGAGUAACUUGAAGAAUCUGUGCGGCAGUUUCGGUGUCGUGCAAAGACAUGAGGCGACCAAACCUGCAGCGGCGCCUGCACCGGUUCCAGAGGGCACCUACAAGCCCUAUUCGCCCUUCCGAGUGAGCACCAACAAUAUGGCUGAGUACACAAUGGCCCGUCUGGAUGAUCUUUUAAAUUGGGGCAGGAAGGGUUCCCUCUGGCCACUUACCUUUGGUUUAGCAUGUUGUGCAGUAGAAAUGAUGCACAUUGCAGCUCCCAGAUACGAUAUGGACAGGUAUGGUGUGGUUUUCCGUGCGUCACCACGUCAAGCUGAUGUGAUUAUUAUCGCGGGUACGUUGACGAAUAAAAUGGCUCCAGCUUUAAGGAAGGUAUACGAUCAAAUGCCCGAGCCGCGAUGGGUUAUUUCAAUGGGAUCUUGUGCGAAUGGUGGCGGUUACUAUCAUUAUUCGUAUUCUGUCGUCAGGGGUUGUGAUAGAAUCAUCCCAGUAGAUAUUUAUGUACCUGGCUGUCCACCUACUGCUGAAGCUCUGAUGUAUGGCAUCCUGCAGUUGCAAAAGAAAGUCAAGCGGAUGACUGCUAUUCAAAUGUGGUAUAGAAAGUAGUUGAAUAAAUUAGUAAGUAUUGAACUCAAUCCUUAAAACCUAUUUAAAUGAUGAAUCGUUCGAUAUGAACGCAAUAAAAUUGUAUAAUAUUGUC